AUGCAACGCAAAUUGGCCGUCUACCAGCCGAUUGGGUUCCCAUCCAAAGAUUGGGGAUUGUCAAGAGUCAGUUUUGUGGCAUGCUUUAUGAGUUAUGAUGAUUCCUACGCAUUGUUUUACUGGAAAGGAAAUUUCUCCUGUACUGUACAGUACUGUAGGGUUACGCUGUCCAACGCAAUGGGCGGACCUGUGACCUGUCCGAGAUGCAUACAUACUUACCUUGGGUCAGUGAGUCCCCAACUUCUGAGGUCAUACACGAACCCUGUUGUCUCUCAUGACUUGUUCGACGAUGAUGGUCAAUCAUUUCUCCAAAACCUCAAUACCUAUUCAAGUUGA